AUACAUUGAUUUUACUUCGACGGACAACUAUUUCUUUUGCAAAAAAUGGGUGAUAAGGAGAAACUUAUCUCCGAUGAAUCGCUUGAAGCUACUAGAAAUGUCACCAAAAAGGAAACCUUCAUAAAGCUGCCAUGGUACUUUGCCGGUGGUUUCCUCGUGUUCUGGGCACUCCUCUUUUUCGCCAUAGUAAUUCCAUUUUUCUAUCGGUUACCCACGCCCCUGACAAUGGAAGACGCUAAUAAGAGUGUUUUUAUUACGGAGCGUGCCUACAAUAAUCUUUAUACACUUGCCAAUAUUGGUAACAAAUUGACGGGCAGUGAGGAAAACGAAGUUCAAGCAGUUAAUUUUAUUCUAAAUGAACUGGAGAGCAUCAAAAGUGUCUUAUUGACGGACUAUUUCGAUUUUGAGUACGAAGUAUCGCAAGCCUCUGGAGGAUUUGCCUACAGCACAAUGCUAAACACUUAUCAAGGAGUUCAGAAUAUUGUCGCGAAGAUAUCGCCGAAGAACAGCACAAGCGUUACCUAUCUUCUUAUCAAUAGUCAUUUUGAUUCCAAGCCAUAUACGAACUCGGCUGGUGACGCUGGAUUUAUGAUUGUCGUAAUGUUGGAAGUAUUGCGAGUCAUUGCAACAACCAAGCAAACUAUUGAGCAUCCAAUUGUGUUUUUAUUCAAUGGAGCUGAGGAAGGAAUGAUGCAGGCUUCUCAUGGUUUCGUAACACAACAUAGAUGGGCACCGCUUUGCAAGACCGUUAUUAAUCUCGAUGCUGGUGGCAGUGGAGGACGGGAUAUUCUUUUCCAAACUGGUCCCAACCACCCAUGGCUUGUAAAUCAUUAUAAGGAAUCGAUAAAGUAUCCGUUCGCUACAACCAUGGCUGAGGAAAUUUUUCAAUCGGGAAUUAUGCCGUCGGACACUGAUUUCCGUCAGUUUAAUUUAUUUGGAAAUAUUCCAGGUUUGGACAUGGCACAGUGCAUUAAUGGUUAUGUCUAUCAUACCAAAUACGAUCUGAUCGAUGUGAUUCCUCGUGGCGCGUUCCAAAACACCGGAGACAAUAUUCUUAGCUUGGUUCGAAAUUUGGCAAAUGCCACUGAAUUGUAUGAUAUAGAAGCUUACAAGACUGGACAUGCUAUAUUCUUUGAUUUUCUGGGAAUUUACUUCUUCCAUUAUUCCGAGGCGACUGGAAUUUAUUUAAACUACGGAGUUGCUGGAGCCACAAUCAUUCUGAUUUUUGUUUCGAUCUGGCGAAUGUCAUCUGUUUCCAAAGUCUCCAUUUGCCAUGUGAUUCGUUGGUUUAUCCUCGUUUUUGUUAUUCAGAUUAUUUCCUUCGUGCUUGCACUAGCCCUUCCCAGUGUGAUCGCUUACGUUAUGGAUUCCUCUGGAUUAGCAAUGACUUACUACAGCACCCCACUCUUAGUAGUCGGAUUAUAUGUGUGUCCCUCACUUGUUGGCCUCAGUGUACCCAUAACUAUUUACUACAGUCUUCAGCGUAACGAUAAACUCCCCAAUCCUUACCACCUGCAGUUGGCAUUGCACAGUCAAUCCAUCCUCCUUGCUGUUCUUGCAGCUGGUGUUACUUAUCUGGGCUACCGGUCUGCAUAUAUCUUCGUUAUUCCUCUUGUCUUCUACGUGGCUUCAUUGACCCUAAAUCUACUGACUACUCUGCACGAUCGGGGCUAUUCCUGGUCAGGCCUGCUGAAGGCAAGCCAAAUUGCUCCUUUCCUGUACAGCAGCUAUGUCAUCUAUAUAUUUAUUGUGGUCCUCACACCUAUGGGUGGUCGUGCGGGUAAUAUCAGCAUCCGAGACUUGUAUAUUGCUGUCUUGGCUGCCGUAGGAACUAUUCUCUGUUUUGGUUUCUUGGUACCGCUUAUCAACUCAUUCCGACGACCAAGCUUUGUAAUAUUCGGCCUAUUGGCAGCCUUUGCUAUAUCUUUAUACUUGGCCUCUAGCACACAAUUAGGAUUUCCCUAUCGACCAAAGACCAGUGGCCAGCGCGUUCAAUACCUGCAAGUGCGCAAUAUGUUUUACGAGUUCGAUGGCACUCUGAGUAAAGAUGAGUCAGGAUAUUUGUUUAGCUACCAAGAUCGACGCGGAGCAUCUCCCUUCAAAGGCACCAAAGUCAACCUAACUGGUCUGGUUGGCAUUGCUGAUAGAUGCGAGACACACAUGAUGUGUGGAAUGCCGUUGUAUGACUACCGAUUUUAUCAGAAUCGUUUAACCCUCCAAUGGCUUCCUCGUUCCGAGCCCAUUGUCCCACCAAGCGACUUCCAUUUUGAGCUUUUGAAUAAGACCUCCGUCAACUCUACAACUAUGCGAUACUUUUUUUCGACGCGGGGUUCUAACCACAUGAGUUUAUUCUUCCAAACCUACGAAGAUGUUAAACUCACUGGUUGGUCAUUCUUGGAGAGUUAUCUUACGACCACACAGCCAUAUCACGUCUAUCUUACGCACGGUAUUGAUGCCAGGCCAUUUAACUUUACUGUGGAUAUUUGGAAAUCGGAUGGAGACUUCGACGUACCCGCAUUCCAACUAGGAUGUUCAGAUCAUAGGGUUCAAGACCCUGGUGAUGCCGAAGCUGUGAAAUUUGCAUCAACAUUCCCAUCGUUUUCAAUCCUAGCCCAAUGGCCGGUAUUAUACAAACGAUACAUUUUUUAG